ACAACACUUACUAUCCCACCAUUUGUGAUCAAGUCAAUAUCAGAACACAAGGGCAUGGAUCAUUUGAAUCAUCCGAACUCAAAAGUUCAUCAUAAUCACUCACUAUCCCACAACUCAACCAAGAAAAUGAAGACUUCAAUCCAGUUUCUGCUCUGUUUUUCUCUGUUCUGUGUUUUCUUCUCUUCACUUCCUCUGUUCCUUCAAUUCGCGAACCCAUUCCUCAUGCAGUUCUUUACCUACAUGGUUGAAAAAAGCUACAUGUUCCUUCUCUGCAAUGGCCUUCUUGCAUUAAUAGCCAUGAACUCUGCUCUGGUUUCUUCCUCUUCACCACCAACCACUCAUCACAGUACAGAACACCCUGCAGUGGUUGAAGCAGUUGAAGCAGUUGAAGCAGUUGAUCACACAGAGAAAAGUAUUCUCUCAAACUCGAAUGAAUCAGACAUUGCAGUUGCAGCACCAAUUGCAGGUGAGGAAACUGAAUCCCCAGAAGAAGAAGAAAAGGUUUUGUUCAUUGUAGAACAAGAAAAUGUGGUAUCAUCGUCGUCAUCAGAAAUGCAAGAGGAGGAAAAUGCCGUUGCCAUCAUUGAAGAAGACGAGGUUGCAGUGGAUGACAACGAAGAGUUGAACAAAAAAUGUGACGAUUUUAUUAAGAGGAUGAAAGCAACGUUCUCUUCCAAUAACUUGGAGCUGCGAGCUGUGGAAAGUUUCUAUUUUUCGAAUCAGAAUUCGCUGGUCACUGUUGUUAAUUAAACAGUUAAUCUCAGAGUUGGUCCUUUUUUUUGAAUUAAUGACUUUAACUAACAUAAUAGUUUGUCAUAGGUUUCCAAGUUUUUGGUGCUUCUGGCUGCACAUAUUUUUGCUUGUAGCAAUGAUACAUGCCCUCCUCUGCAUGGUUCUGUCAGACUAUGUUGUGUGCUCUGUUUUUUGGACAAAGGUUGUUGUAUGUUCUGUUAUCUGUGUUGUGUUCCAAUGUGUAAUUUCAAAAGGAAACUAUUUUGUUAAA